UGUUCAGCGUUACAGUCAGCAAGAGACACACAAGACCUAGUCUGAGAGCAAGACUGAGAAGAAGAGGGAAUCAAAAUAAAUCAUUUUUAUGUUUCGUUAUUUGUUUUUUUUGAUGGAUGAUAAGGGACAAAUUUAGAUAGUUUUUCCAAAGAAACAACGAUAGUUGGAUAGGAGCCUGAAGAAGAACUUCUGAAGAGCCUCAAAAACUUGUAUGGAAUUUCUCAGGAUCAAAUCAUAAGCUACUUUCAUCAUUUACGUGUCCUUUUGCAAGUUUCUUUGACUCUUUGACCAUGAGGCACAAGUAUCUGCUGAUUCUAGUUCUUCUGUUAGCUUUGACAGAGAACAUCCUGAUGCGAGACUGCAAACCUGGAGAGAAAAGAAAGAGUGGAAAGUGUAUAGAUGACGAUGAGUGUGAGUCUAUUCCAGACAUUUGUGGAAAACAUGCAACAUGCUUCAACACUAUUGGCAGCUACUUCUGUCAAUGUGAUAAAGGAUUCACACCGACUCAUAAUUUCACACAAGAUGAUUCGAUUAAUUGCCAAGACAUCAAUGAAUGUGUGAAUACCAGCGCUGCUUGUGGUCCAAAUACAAAAUGUGCCAAUUAUGAAGGAGGUUAUAAUUGCACGUGUUUAACUGGCUACAUUUCCAGCAAUAGAACGUUUAAUGCAGCAGAAAGAGAUCGGUGUAUUGACAUCGAUGAAUGCGUGGAUGGCAGCACUGAUUGUGGUCCAAAUACAGAAUGUGUCAAUUAUGAAGGAGGUUAUAAUUGCACGUGUGCACCUGGCUACAUUUCCAGCAAUAAAAAAGAGAUAUUUAAUCCAACAGAAGAAGUUUGGUGUAUUGACAGAGAUGAAUGUAAGGAUUCCACUUUCUGUGGAAAACAUGCCACAUGUCAUAACACUCUCGGCAAUUACUACUGUUCCUGUGAUGCUGGAUUCAGACUUAAAUCAGGACAAACUAACUUCACUGAUACGAGUGAAGUCUGCGAGAGUGUAUGUGACAUUGAUGAAUCUAUAUGUGGAGGAGGAGUCUGCAAAAACGGCAAAGAUGGUCACGAAUGUGCGUGCAACUCAGGAUUCACCAACUAUGGUCACAAACAAAUGAAAUGCACAGAGCUUAAGUGCGACAGCAACACAUCCCAGGCAUCUCCAGAGCUCACAAAACUUGCUUCGCUGAUGACAAACAGAUGUCUGGCACUGAGUCAGAGCAGGUCUGUCAACGAGACACAAGUGAACGGAGAACAAUUUCUGCAGGAGUUCAUAAAUGCUCUAGAUGAUCUGCUUCUCGGUGGCUUCAGUGGUGAUAAUGCUAAAGCCUCAGCGUUGUUUAGCAUCCUGGAAAGCAUGCUAAAACUGAUAGGACCUCAGCUGUCACAAAAUCAGACUGAGAAAUCAAGCGCUACAACUGAAGUGAAGAUGUUGCUGGAGAGGGGCGAUUCUCCACCAAAGGGUGAUUUCAUGGUGUCCACCAAUGACGUAGAGUUUACAUCCCACUGGGACACAGCAACAGGAAAUAAUCACCUUGGCUUCACGACUGCAGCUCUCCUCAGCUACAAAAGUCUGCAUGAAUCACUCAACCGCUGGUUUGACCACUUAAAGAAACAGCAAAAGCAAACUUUCAAAAUCAAUUCAAAAGUGGUAACUGCCACUGUUAGCAACGAAGACACGGGCGAACUAGAGAAACCAGUAAAGCUCACGUUUUCUCAUUUGGAGAAAAAGAACGAAAACCAUAUCUGUGUGUUUUGGGAUCCUGAACUGGAAGGGGGCGCGUGGUCAGAACGUGGCUGCAAAACGUUGACAUCCAGCGCCCAUCAGACCGUCUGCUCCUGUUCCCACCUCAGCAGUUUUGCUGUGCUUAUGGCUCUCUAUGACAUUGGGGAUGUGUAUGAGCUUCGCCUGGUCACAUUGAUUGGACUGCCGCUGUCUCUGAUCUGCUUCUUCAUCUGCAUUGUCACGUUUUACUUUGUGCGAUCCAUCCAGAGCACGCGCAACACCAUCCACCUGCACCUCUGCAUCAGCCUCUUCAUCGCCUACUUUGUGUUCCUCGUGGGCAUCACCCGCACAGAGAAUAAGGUGGGCUGCUCAGUCGUUGCAGGCAUUCAGCACUACUUCUUCCUGGCUUCCUUCUGCUGGAUGUGUCUGGAGGGAGUGCAGCUCUUCCGCAUGGUAGUGCUGGUCUUCAACACGACGCUGAGACCUAUCUAUAUGUUUGCCGCUGGUUACGGAGUUCCUGUUGUUAUCGUUGCCAUUUCGGCCUCAGUGAACAUAGGCGGAUAUGGUACCGACAAAUACUGUUGGCUCAACACAGAAGAUGGCUUCAUAUGGAGCUUUUAUGGGCCAGUUUGUCUCAUAAUUAUUGUUAAUGUAUUCUUCUUCCUCAUAACAAUAUGGAAGCUGGCAGAAAAGUUUUCCUCCCUCAACCCAGACUUAGACAGUCUACACAAAAUCAAGGCAUUUACGGUGACUGCAAUCGCUCAGCUGUGUAUUCUUGGCAUCAUGUGGGUGUUCGGCUGUUUUCAGUUUAAUGAAAACACUCUGGCAAUGUCGUACAUCUUCACCAUACUGAGCAGCCUGCAGGGGGUGCUGAUGUUCAUCAUGCACUGCUGGCUCUCGAAACCAGUGAGAGAAGAGUAUGCCAAAUUCCUCUCGUGCAUCCUUGCGCCGCAAAAGAGGAAAUACUCAGAGUUCAGCUCAAACCAGAGCAAGUCGCAGGCCUCCAAGAGCGUUCAGCACACCGGCGAGUCCCGUAUUUAAGAGGACCCUUCAACAGACCGUUGACCUUUUCACCCAAGCUGGACGGCCGUGGUAUUUUUCCAUGCUUUCUAUGGAAAUGCUCGUACACUGUGAUUUAUGUGAUUCGUUCAUUCACUUUCCUUUCUCUGAGGAACAUUUAUAAACAAGAUGCUUUUUAAAAAAAAAAGUCAAGGGUAUACUAUAAAAGUGUAUCUUUUAAGUAUUUCUCCCCUACUAUUUAAAUGUAAAAAAAAAAAAAAACUUGUGUAAUAUAUAUUUAUUUAAAAAUUCAAAUUAAGAGGAUUCGCAUGCAUUGCCGCUCAAACGUCUGGGGUCGGUAAGAUUUUUGUGAAGUCAAAACUGCAUUUAUUUGAUCAAAAAUAAAGUAAAAAUGGCAAUAUUAUGUUUACAUUACGUGAAAUGCAAAUAUAGAUCGUGGAUAUUGCAAGAUGUCAUUUACCAGUGUGAAAUUACGCCAGUCUUUGAGUCACACACUCCUACAGAAAUCAUUCUAAUAGCUGAGUCGGUGCUCAAAAAAACAUUUCUUCCUGUUGUUAUUGUUAUUUAUAUCAAUUAUGACAAUGAUGUUGACUUACUGUAUAUACAUACACCCACGUAUUAUAUAAGUUAGGAAUUACUGUCACUUGCUCACUUUAAAGCAUCCUUGCAUCUUACUUGCUUUCAAAAGAACCACUUACCCCAAUCCUUUCAAUAAUAGUUUUUUUUUAAGUUUUUUUUAUAAUUUAUUUAUUUUUUUGCUAUUUGUUUAAAACAAAAAAACACCAAGCCCAACACCGCUGUCAUCAGUUCAUAAUUUUCCUAGUCUCGUAUACAAAGUAAGAGAGAAUGUUAACUUGAACGUAAAUUAAUGUAUAUUUACUGUUCAUUUGCACCAUAAUGCAUCAUUCUCCAUAAACAGUCUGACAUUGUUUAUGAUUUAGUUAUGAUAUUGUUGAGUGUCAUAUUCAGCGCACGAACUGUUACUUUUCUGCACUUUGCCUUAUCUGCCCUGCCACUAUUUAAUGCUCAUGUUAUUUUAAGUUUCGACGCUGCAGAUUUUGGAUAUUAAAAUGUUUAUUUGUAUUCAC